CUGAAACUUUGCUGGUUGCAGUUCCUUGUCUGCAGAAGCCAGUAAAGUCAAGCAAUGAGUACAUCAGAGCAGAUGAAGAUAUUUGUUACCAGGAGAAUACCCCCAGAAGGCCAGAAACUCCUGUCUCAGGCUGACAGCUACAAUGUCAAGCAGUGGGAUUCAGAUGAGCCAAUACCAAGGGAUGAGCUGAUUAAAGGAGUUGCUGGGGCUCAUGGAUUACUUUGUCUCUUGUCAGACAAGAUUGACCAAGAAGUCUUGGAUGCUGCUGGCCCUAACCUCAAAGUUAUCAGCACGCUGUCUGUUGGGUUUGACCACUUGUGUGUAGAAGAAAUAAAAAAGCGGGGAAUCCAUGUGAGCAACACACCAAAUGUUUCGACUGACGCUACAGCAGAGCUUACUGUAGCAUUGCUGUUGACUACUUGCCGUCGCCUGCCAGAAGCAAUAGAAGAGGUUAAAAAUGGAGGAUGGAAAACGUGGUCCCCAAUGUGGCUGUGUGGAGCAGGCCUUUCUAACAGCACUGUAGGAAUCAUCGGCUUGGGCAGAAUUGGAUUAGCUGUAGCACGUCGCCUUGUCCCUUUUGGUGUUAAAAAGUUCAUAUACACAGAUUUCCAGGAAAUACCUGACAAUGCCAAGGAGAUAAAUGCUGAAUAUGUCUCUAAUGAGAAGAUUGCAGAAGAUUCAGAUUUUGUCAUUGUGAAUUGCUGCCUAACCCCUGAGACUGAAGGGCUCUGCAAUAAAGACUUCUUUCAGAGAAUGAAAAAGACAGCUAUACUCAUCAACACAAGUCGAGGUCCUGUAGUAAACCAAGAAGAUCUUUAUGAUGCCUUGACAAGUGGGCAGAUUGCAGCUGCUGGCCUGGAUGUUACAACUCCUGAACCUAUUCCAACAGAUCAUCCCCUACUCAGCCUGAAAAAUUGUGUAAUUUUACCUCAUGUUGGAAGUGCCACUCUCGACGCAAGAAACGCAAUGUCCGUCCUGACCGUAAAUAAUCUGCUGAAAGGCCUAGCUGGAGAGCCAAUGCCCUGUGAAGUAAAACUGUAACAAUGCCAGGAUGUUGUCAGGACAAACUUUCAUCCCUAGAAAAUGACUUUCAAGACCUUCUGCAUAACAUCAUG